AUGCCGUGGGAGCCAGGAAUGGCCCCGCCACAGAGGCCAAAAAAGAAAGGCAAGAAUGAGUUAGACGACGAAGACGCUGAUCCAAUGAAAUUUGUUCACCAUACCGACAUCAAGGAGCUGCUUCGAAAAAUGGACGCUAAGUAUAUCACAGAGGAAAUGUGGGACGAAGCGAUGUACUUGUCGGAGCUCGCCACGUCGGAAGAAUCUGAGGAGGAAGCUCUAAAGAGGCUGCAACAAAUGUACGGGCAUGAAUGGUUUAAGAGGAAUCGGGCCGACCCUCCACAGCUGGAUUCAAGCAUGGGCAACCAUUUCUCCAAGAAGGACGUGAUCAUUGGCCCUGAAUGGCUCGACUACGACUUACUCCAGGAUCCGAUGCACAAAUCGACAAUUCGAGAGCAUCUGGACCCAAAGGCGCCGGUGCCGAAUAGUCUUGCUGAGGCUCUUCAUAUCAUGGCUAAUGGGAACGGCCCGCACGCUGACUACUACAAAAGAUUGAUCGACCCAGACAAUUUUCUCGAUCCAGAGACCAAGCUGCCGAUUUUGCCACCUUGCCCGCAUGAUGACCGUCUUCCCGGCCAUUGCGAUUGUAGGAAGGUUCUGAUGAUGCGACUGAUCGAUGAACGCCGUGAGAAUCUCAGGAAGUAUGGUGUCGUCUGGGACGAUAAGCCAGCGCCCGUGUUUGAGGACCUCAAGGACGUAUUUCAGAAGAUUGACUAUCAAGGGAAAAACUGUCUGGAAGCAACGAAACAAAUGUUGCCGGAAGUCAAAAGAGCCCUCGAAGAUAUCGGUUUUAUCAUGAGCGAAACAAUGCGGGUGAUUUAUGACAUCUCGCAAUACGACGAGGUUCCAAAAAUUCUGGAAGGUCCGAUCUUUGAAACGCCGACCUACGAAUACAGCGCUGUUGUCUUGGCAUUGGCUUCGAUGGUCAAUUUACUAAAAAAUGACCCCGUCUACCUAAACUCGGCUGGUUUCAAGAUGUUCAUCAUAGCGGACGAGGACACUCCUCUCUACUCGCUUAGAAAGUUGCUGGAAACGAUGGAGCUUGGCUGCUUUCACCUGGGACAGGAUCCUAUGGCUCUCUUCGACCUGAGAAAAUCGCGUGUGCUGCUAUCGACGGCGGAGCGGUUUGUGGAGAAGUUUAGUGUGCGUACGAAUGGGCAACACCUAGCCCAGACGCGUCAUUUCCUUCUCUUCACCCGCUCUACAACCCACGAGACUACCAGGACAUUUUGGGAGGCCAUUUCUAUCUACACGAGAGAUUAUUGCUACUGGAAAGAUCAAUUGGAGGUGAAGAAGCAUCGGAAGUUCUUCAUCCUGCCGAGGUGUAAGCCACUGUCUGACUGUUUCCACUUCAAAGCAGCUCGCUACAUGUUUCGCUACAAUACGUCUAAAGGAGUCUGCACCAAUGAGCCGGUGCUAGCUGAAAGUAACGAAAUGAUGUACAAAAGAAACAUAUGGCUGAAAUCGUCAGGCGGAAACUCGAUAGCUGCGCUCUUGGAUCGCGAAUUCCUCGGGUUGAAGGGCGAUGAGGCUGAAAGGAAGGCCAGAAACAAAUAUAUGAAUUCAUGGGGUCAA